AUGGAACAGUCGGUGGACGCUCUGCGGCAGCUUGCCGAUAAGUGCGUCUCUGCCAGAGGGAAAUAUGGAAUCCAGGACGUUACUACUCAAGGCCUGCUGUUGCUCUUGCAACUUAAAGAAGAAAGCCGCAAGCUUGCAUUUCGGGCCGAGGAUCAGCGGGAGGAAACCUGCAAAUUCAAGAAUCGGCUGGAGCAGGCUCACCUACAGCUUCAAAACCUCCUUUAUGAAAAGGAGUACUACGAGAAAGAAAUUCACGAAUGCCAGAACUUCAGAUUUAAGCACCCUGACAGCGCGAUUGGCUUGGUGUCAACAGAGCAGUUUCUCCAGUCUGCCAGUCUUGAUGUGCUGGCUCAGAUUGGAGAUGAUGCACACAAGCUUAUGCUUGAACGCCUCCACGACGAGCUUAACCAGCGCAAAGCCAUGGUGUCCCAGCUUGAGGAGUUGCGCAAAGCACGGGCGGUGACGAGACAGGAGGUCGAGAAGCGUAAACGCACGCUUGACGAUCUUCAACAGCAGCUCCAGGGCUUAGAGGAUACAGCGAAGCCGCUGCAAACUAUCCUUGCGCCGCACCUAUCGCUGCGGGGCUUUGCACGCAGCGCAGACCUCCUGCCGCUGCCGUUGUACAUCGUGUAUUCGCAGCUGGCCGCAGUGCGGGAGGCCCUGGGUAUGCCGAUACGCGUCGCCAUCCUGGGCUCUUAUCUGGAAGCAGAGAGCUUUGCUAAGUCCCAAACCUUAGAUCCUGCUGAGGGCGGCCCCGACGCUGGGCAAGGCCCUGGUGUUCCAGUAACAGCAGCAUUGCCAUCCGGUGACGAUCUGUACAAGGUGCACCCGCUGAGCGUGCUGCUUGAAGUCCAGCGCGAAAACAAUGGGCGCUUGCAAACCAUUAUCAGCGUCAAGUUCCAGUUCCUUGUGCGCGAUGAUAACGUGCUUCUAGCAGCGCUUUUUCCUGGCGAUGAUGGCUCGGCCACAGCGUACGAGAGCUUGGCGCAGCUCCAGGGCGGUACGUUCAAAUACGACACAUCACGGCCGGCAAAGCCAUACAGGUGGUGCCAACACUUGGCGGGUCUAGACUUCGCGCCUCCAUUACCGCUGGCAACGCAGCUUCAAGGGGGUCAGGGCGGCUCGGAAGCUUCGGCAGGUGUGCUGGAGGGCCUUGAUUUGUACAGGCGGCAGCAGCGUGUCAUCCAUGUGAUUGAGCGGCUCCGCGCGGUGAAGACGGGGGAUGAGGCCCUGAAGAAAAUCCUGGCUGCCUUGGAUAGAGCGCCAAACCCGCCGAACCUAAGGCAGUACCCCAAGCUACCUGUUACCAGCAUUAUCAGCGUGGAGGAAAUUAAGACUUUGGCCCCCACUUCAGCAAAUGCAACCAUGGGCGCGCUACCAUCGCAUAUUCGUGUGGAUACAGUUGCCGAAGACGGUGAGGUGGGCCGGCGCGGCAGCCGGCCCACCACCCCUGGAAAUGAGAGCGCCGCAACAUCUGGGCUCGAUGGCGCAGCCGGCGAUGGUGCAGCUGAUGGCACCGGGGCACCUGCACCUAGUGGUUUAGGUGCCGGGCGCUUAGCCUUUAAAGCUGCGGGCAGGAUGGCAGCUGCGGUCAUGGAGCCGGCAGAGGACGGCGAGGCUGCUGAGGAGGGCGAGGCGCGCGGUGGGGAUCAUGAGGAUGGAGAGGAUGUCGAAUACGAGGAGGAAGGGGGUGCCGCCGCGGACGAGCUUGUUGCGAGGUACUUGCUUUCCGACAUCCUCGCGGCAGAAGGCGGCGCCACCGGGGGACCUGCCGGUGGAAGUCCAGGCACGACAAUGACGGCACCAAAGCCAGUGUCCCGCAUGUAUCGGAUUGUUUUGCGACACAAAUCGUUGGAAUGCGAGGUGCUGGCGCGUCUGUUCCUUGAAUACCCGCUUCGCCCGCCGUUACUCCUCGUUAAAGGAGUGCGGGAGGCUGGGCGCGACCGGCGGGGGCAGCCACGGCCAGUGGAAGAUGUAAACCUGGUGGCGUGGCUGGAAGCUGAGGUGGGUUGUGUGUCUGCAUGGUGUGCCGAGAACCGUGGUGACUGA